AUGGAGGCCGGCUUGCCGACGAGCGACCAGGUGUCACAGGUGGGUCCAACUGUUAUCUGUCGAGACUGCCGUGCACAGUUAUCAGUCGAGGAAAGUGAGGAGCAUGACUGCUCAACUGCCCCGCCAUCCCCGACCAAGAUCGUGCUUCUAAAAACUGCUGCCAAAGCGAGCUCGUUCAUCGGUGCAGUUGUGGAUCAGCCGCGUCGCUGGAGUAUCGGGGAUUCAGUACACAGCGCCUUACUUCAGUGCAAUGUGCAUGACGUGCGUAUCACCCCCGACCAAGUCGCUUUUUACUCGCUUACAACGCGUAUACCUUCACUUACAACUUCUGAGAUCAUUGUCGAGCGACGAUUUCGGGAGUUUUACGUGUUCGCACUGCACGUGUGUGCGAUGUUCCCUUCAUCUGGACUAUGGAAUUUGUUUCCACCUAAAACAUACUGCACUCUACGACGUCAAAACACACUAACCGAUGGGUUUCUGCACCGACGUAGAAGUGGUCUCGAGGAAUUUCUUCACUGCGCGCUUGAGAAGAUGGUUCUAGGAGGUGAAGCUCAAGGGACAAUUGCUCAAUGGUAUUUGCUGCGUUUAUUCCUCAAUCUCCCGCCAGCCCUUGCAGCCGCAGCUCCAUCAAAGGACAGGAGCCUCACGGCUGCACUCUACGAGCUCAAGAAACAUGCUCGCCAAUUCAGUGGAUGGACGGUGAGCCGCAAACCGGAACCGUGUGACACAGUUUUCGAGAAAGUAGCCGACGGAUUCCACAUGAUCAAGCGCGUCACGACUUGCCACUUCCCAGCUCGUGCUGUCUUUGACAUGGUGAUAAAUCAAAGUGUUGACGAUGACAUGCCGGGGCUGUCGUGGGCUCCGUUUGUUGAAAGCGAAGAGGUGCUUAGUCGCGAGAGUGAACACACGAGGACAGUUCGGACAGUCUUCAAAGAUAGCUGUUGGGGUCGCGACAAGCUUCAAAUGAUCUCACGGAAGACGUGGAGAGUGGACGAGAGCGGCACUAUCGCUAUCGUUAUGAUACCAGCCGAUGCAGCAGCCUGGGAUGAUCCUCGAGUAAUCAAGUCAAACCUCGGCUCCCGCGUGGAUUGCAUUCUCGGUGGCUGGCUGAUUACCCCAACUCCUUGGGAAGGUUCAUGUAGCGUCACGUGGCUGAUGCAGGUCAAUUUUGGACAAUGCAAUCCUCGAGCGGAGUUCACAGGGAACCAAAGUCGUCUGGCGAGUUUUUUAGAUCGUCGAUGUCUCGACGCUUGGGUCGACGAAAUCGUUCAUUUGAUUCAAGCUCUUGAGCGGGUAUAUGAUCCAGAACACUAUCACAACCAGGGUCCGUUGGUCAUCGGCACAAAGGGUGCGACAUCGACUGCGUCAAGAUAG